AUGGAUCAGUCGCAAAAUCAUCCGCUCCACGGGCACUCGUCGCCGCCACUGCCCGGACAGCAACAUUCAGACUCACAGCUCGAUCCCAGCGCUCAGAAUGUCUUGGCCGAAGCCCGAAAGAAUCUUCAGGUCCUCAUCGACUCGGGCAUUUCCAAGGAUUUGCUUCACCAAUGGGUAGAGGAUAGCCCACCCUUGCAGCUCAAUUUUCCAAUUCAGUCCGCCCUCGCCGCCGCCCAACAAUCUAGCUCUCUCCAGAUCCCGCCUCAACCACAGGGCCCUCCUCCACCGCCGCCUUCGCGCUCCCCGUCGACUCUUGCCUCUCACGGUUCCUUUUCUCCCAAUGCAACCGCUUCUUCUCCCUCGACAGGCUCGUCUACGCCCACUCCUACACGCGGCCUCCAUCCCGAGAUCAAGACCGAACCCAGACACGACACUCCAACUACAACAUGGAACCCAUCCAUUCAUGGCCCUUCUGCCGCCGCCCAAUAUGUGCCCAUUCAGGAACAGCCCGAGAACAACGUCUUCUUACCGCCAUCAUACCCAUACGCACACCGCACCAGGGUAUCCGUUUCGUCGACUAGCUCCGGUUCCUCGGGACACGCUUCAUUAUGGUCCGUCAACUCGGCGCGUUCUUCCAUGUCGUGGCAAUCCGGCACGAGCAACCGAUCCAUGGGUCCACCUCUGACCUCGGCCAGUGGCGCCCCGGUGAUCAACGGUUCCCAGGUAACGCCCUCGAGCAGCAAUAAGCAGAACGUCUACUGGUGCACUUCUUGUGAAACUAGCUUCAAGCGCAAAUACGAUUGGAAACGACACGAAGACGAAUUUCACGAGCGCUGGAGAAAAUACCCUUGCCCUGAGCCUGGCUGCAACCGCAGCUUCUGGGGCUCCAACUCGUUUAAUCAGCACCAUAAGCAGUGCCACGGAUGCAAGACAUGCCCUCACGCCGAAAAAGUAGUCAAAUUCUUGCGAAAGCGCAAGUACUGGGCGUGUGGCUUUUGUUCCGCUUUGCACCCUGCCCGCGAACGUCAUGUUGAGCACGUUGCGCGCCAUUUUGAGUCUGGCCUCGGCAAGAACGAUUGGAUGCACUCACGCGUCAUUUAUGGACUCCUGCACCAACCGCUCAUCCAUUCUGCCUGGGACACGUUGGUUGCGGAGAAGCACACUUCGUACGGCGGCCGACGGCCACAGUUCAGCUGGCAUCCAAGCAAGACUGGCCGAGCACAAGGCUUCCUAGAGAAGGAGAGCCCAGGCCAGCUGCAAGACUUGCUCGAAUUCUUUUCUGGUGAUGAAACGGAGGCGCAGUGGAUUGUCUCGGUGGCAUAUGAUUUGGCAGAUGUCGUCAUGACCAACAAUAGCAACGUACAGUCGCCCACGCCUUCAACGUCCCAGCAGACAGCCGGCUCUCAGCAACAACCGCAGUUCGCCCAAGACAACUCCUUUGGCCAGUUGCAAGCGCCUUCCAUGCUUCCAUCCAAUACACCCAGCGACCCCAGUCAAGCUGCUUUCGGCGCACCUCAGUUCCGGCCACCUAGCGUCUUCUCCACUACCAGUCAGCAGUUCCAGAUUCCCCGCCAAUCGCCAGAGUCAUCGUCCAACUCGCCUCUUACCAUGUCGCCUCCCGUGCUCGCGUCCCAAGCCAACAACUACGACAAGCGCGAGCUCCCUCCUCCACCACCCACGCAGGCAAAUAGCGACAGCAUGAUGGACUUUGAAUACUCGGCUGCACCCAGCAGCUUUGGGGACUGGGCCUCGAUGACCAAUUCUAUGCUCGCAAGCACACCUUCGCAAUCAGAACAAGGCUCUACAGCGCAGGGCGGCGACUGGGGUAUGAUGGGCUACUUUCCCGAUCCCCGAGUCACCUCUGCGUAA